AUGUCUACUGAGAGCCACCUCACUGUUAGCGGCUCACUAGGCCCCUUAUUGAUAGGAUUAAUCCUGGCCUCCUGUCUGUACGGCGUAACGAGCGUUCAAACAUACAUCUACUUCAUACGCGGCUCACUAGGCGACAAGAAAUAUCUGAAGUCCCUCGUCUUCUUCUUAUGGGUGCUCAACACGCUGCGCAUUGUCGUAUUGUCGAGUGGGGCAUACACAUAUAUGGUCACAGACUUCAUGGACCCGCUCGCACUCUCGAAACCUACCUGGGCUUUCCUGCCGACUUCGGCGGUUAUAAUGGCCAUCAGCAAUGGAGCUGUUAGAAUAGUCUUCUGCUAUAGAAUCUGGCGCUUCAGCGGCCACAAUUUCUGGCUGGCACUGCUGAUUGCCUUGCCUGUUCUCACGACAACAGGAACUACCCUCGCAUAUUCCGUCGUUGCUCACCGCUUGCCGAGCUGGACCAGCCUUGCUGAAUACGCUUGGCUACUCUCCUGGGCGUUUGCAUGCAGCAUCACCGCGGACAUUCUUAUAUGUGCUUCGGUAUGCGUCUUGCUCGCGAGGCGCAGAACGGGCUACGCAGCGACCGAUACAAUUGUUCGAAAGCUGAUAAUGUACGCGGUCAGCACUGGACUUCUGAGCUCAAUAUGUGCCUUGCUUUGCCUCAUAACUUAUUUGACGAUGCCUGAUAACUUGGAUUUCAUGGCACUUUACAUUGUCUAUCCGGAAUUGGUCUUGAAUUCUCUCCUGGCAACACUCAACGGACGCACCUCCCUUCAGAAGAACGUUCAGUCCUCGAGUACGGCUCAACACGGCACGUUGGGCUCUUCGCAAAUACGCCGAUGCGUGCAUCCCAAGGGCCAGCUUCGCGCGCCCCAGGCGAACGACAUCAACAUUGUCGAACUAGGCGUACUGAACAGUUCUACUACAAUGCAAGGGAGCGACAUCUGCGUAGUAGAGCAAGGAGAUGAAGCCCACAAAAAGACUGAAUCGUUACAUUCAUGGGCUUCAUAA